GCGCGCGCGCAGGCCGGGCGCCGAUUACCAUAAAUCUUCACGCGUGCGCGCGAAGUUCAUCCUAACCUAUACACGUCGCACGAUGGGGUGGGUAAACGAUGCGACAAACAAGUAUGGAAAGCGCGCGAACAACGUGACCGUCGUCGUCGAUCGCCACUUGCGAUUGCGACACGCGAUGAAGCACGCGUCGCAGCUCGUGUCCGCGCAAGCGGCGUACCUCGGGAACGUCUUCAAGCUGACGUCGUCGUACGACGGCUCCAAAAACCAUUGGGGAACGUGGUUCCUCGCGUGGUUGUACAGCGAAAGGCUUCUUUGUUUCUUCGGGCUGCUUCAUUUCGUCGCGACGAUGGCGGUGUGGUUUCACUUCGGUUACAUUAAAUUUCGAGCCGUGGAAGCCAUCGUUCCGAAUGGGGCGAACUUGUACUGGUGGAAGAGGCUCGUCCCACCGCUCGAAUUCGGAGCGAUGCACGCGAUCUUACUCCAAAUGGCUCUUCUCCCGUUGACGAUGUGCCGGUACACGCUGACCAAGGCGUCCGAGAACAGCACGCUCGCGUCCAUCAUCCCGUUCAAGCGAAUGACGCGAAUGCACAUACAUUUGGGAUACUGCAUGAUUGGCUUCGUGGCCGCGUCCACCGUGUUGUUCUUCAUUUUCUUCGGGCAAGGGUGCGCGGAUCAACACGCCGGCGACGAACCUUUGUCCGCGAGCGGAGAGAAGACGUUUUGCACGAAGAUGCACGGUGAAAUCAUGCUCACCGGGUACGGCAUCUUUGCCGCGCUCUUCCUCGUCGGCGUCACGUCGUAUUUACGAAAUAGGAUCAAGUACGAAUACUUUUACGCGAUGCAUCACUUUGUUUUCGUGAUGUUCGCUCUCGCGAUCGCGCACACGAUCGAUGACUUGAACCGGCGGGGGAAAGCGCGGUCGCAGACUUUUAUUUGGUUCUCCGCCUCGCUCACGUGGUAUGUCGCAGAUCGAGUGUACAUGUGGACGCAAAUUCAACAGUGCCCCGUCGUCGAGUGGCGCGCGCUCGGGGGUGAUCAUCAGAUCGCACGAGCGCCCGCGACGUCGUCAGAUGACAAAAAGCAAAAAAAGAACAAGAAAAAUGAGCCAGCGAACGACGCGACGAAUUCCGAACCGUCAGACGCGCUUAAGAAGCGGCUCGCAGAGAAUAAGGUGUUGAUCCUUCGGCUUCGACGACCGCCGGAUUUCGAUUUUCAACCCGGGCAGUUCGCAUACCUCCACGUCCCAUCCAUCGACAGGACGUAUCACCCGUAUAGCAUCGCGUCCGCGCCUCAGGAAAACACCCUUGACUUUUACGUCGAAGUUGCCAAGUCGAAACCAGGGGCGAAAACUAAGACGUGGACAGAACAGUUGUGGGAGAUAGCGAAGGGAAAUCCAAAGCUCGCCGUGGAAUCGUACGUCACCGUGCAAGGACCGUACGGCAGCGCGACAUCAUUGGGGGAGUAUCGCAAGGUCCUUGCCGUCGGCAGUGGCACCGGGAUCGUCCCUAUGAUAAGCAUGAUGAAGAGCGUAUACUUUAAAUUGUUCCAACGAAACGCGCAGAUGCACCAGAUGAAUCAGACGCUCGCUACUCAAAAGGCGAAGGAGAUACGAGGUUCCUACGAGGUGCGUCAGAAAACGUUGUGGCAACUCGUGAAACUUCUCGUCCUCGGCGACCCCGCGCUCAAGAUCGGAAACGACGUCGCUCUUGAAAAACGCGCGCCCUUGAAGGAGUCCAUGAAAAACAUCGACGACGACGCGAAGAUGAUCAUAAAGCAGGCGCAACUGGUAUGGCGUUCGAGAAAAAUCAAAGAAGCGGUGGAUACGAAAAGGGCGAACCCGACGUCUAACGCAGUCAUCAGAACCGAGGAAAGAAUGCUUCUAUCUUCCUCGAGCGCGCUUCUUUACUUCAUCCCCCCAGUCAUCGAGUUCACCGCGUCCAUCUUCGCGGUGUCGUGGCGGAUCCUCAAUCACUCACACGGGAUCGUAACGGACGACAUGCAGAACAUUUUACUGGUCCUCACGUGCAUCGGCAUUUCAUUGCACGCGUUGUAUUGGCUCACCCAUGUCGGCAUCAAGACGCCGUACUUCCUCGCCGACACCGUCAUCGUCGGCGUCGGAAUCUUGUCCGCCGUCGAGUGGGACCGUCUGGACGCGUUCGGGAAGUUUUCGUUGUACCAGUGUCUCGCGUUUCUCGGCUUAAGCCUCUAUCGCUUCUACCGCCUUUGGUCGCACGCGACGCUCACGGGUCCCUACUCUCACCUACGCGGCUUACGACAACGCGCGAUGGAGCUCGUCGGCGGCGGCGACUUACCGGAUCAGUUUGAGCUCAUCUUCGUUACCCGGUCCGCGCCGUUCGCGAUGCAUCUGUGGGACGACCUCGAACGAUGGUGGUCCGAUCUCGAAACGAUGUGGAAGGCGUACGCAUCGAGGGUAUCCAGCGUUCGCGUCUUUGUCACGGACAAAGACGAAGAAGCGGUUAAAUUGCUUCAAAGUAAAGUAAAAGGAACGAGGCUCGAAGCCGCGGGCGCGCUCAAGGCUACGCGACCAGACUUCCAACAGAUCAUCAACGAUAUGAUGAUGGACACCGUGCAUCGAUCCAUUUUGAACGGCACCGCCGGGUCCGUCGUCGCUCCGACGCUCGUGACCUUUUGCGGCGGAUCCUUAGUUUCAUCGCUCUUGAACAAGGCAUGCCUUCGAACGAUGUGCGGCGCGAAAGCGCUUAAAGGGGUCAAGCACCACAGCAUCAUCUUUCAGAGCGAAAACUACGGCAUCACCACGCCGUCUUCGAAGAUUCCGCGGUCCGCCCCGAAAAAGGAGCGGACAACGGAAAAGGACGCGUUGCAGGAGGCGCAGGCGAAGGAACACAUUUCAAGUCAGGUCGAACGCAUGGCGCGUUCCUCGUCGUAUUACGCGCCAGACAUCUACGCGCCCUCUUGUUGAGCGAAAUUUUUUUGUAUUGCUAAUUUUUGUUUUGCUAAUUUUUGUAAUGAUCGAGCGCGCCGCAAUGGACGCGGGUGGUACGACUUCGAGGGUGUUUAUGACUACUGAACAGGUGACGCGCAGAGAGCGUUUGCCAUAUACUGCCUUGUACACAUGAAAAUCAACUCGGAAUAU